UGUGAGUUCUGCAAGACUUUUGUAACGUCGCAGUCGUGCCGGUGCCGGUGCCCUUAUGAUGAAAGAAGCAAGAGUGCUCCAACUGGUCACAGGAUUUUAGAAUAGCUUCUAAGAAGCCAGUUCUGAUCGUACUUACAAUCGAUAUCGAAUAAAAGAUCUGUAUAAACUACGUGUGUAGACAACGCUGAAAAUAAUCUCUGACAACAUGCAGGACUUGUACGAGCAGGCACAGUCGCAGAGAACAUGACGCCCGGCAGGAGAUCAGCGUUGCCGAGAGUGCCUUCCUUCGCUAGAUGCUCGACGACGCUCUCGUUUUUUCUCACGUCGCCGUGGCUAACGACUGCGACAACUGCGGAGCACCCUUCGCUUCUGCGCCGUGCCGACAUGGACGUGGACGGUUCCGUGACCGAUCCGCAAAACCUUCUCGAGCGGCCGCCCUCUGUGCAGGCGGUGGAGACUGUGAUCGACAAAAUGAACGAGGACAUUGAGGCCGAUGCGAGGCGGGAAGCAGCACGAGGACAUACCGCUGGGACAACACUGCACAACAGUCACGUUGGGGACGAACCUUUGCUCCCUUCGGGGACAGCGGAGGCUCGUGAUUUCGGCAGCAGAGCAGAUGCACUUGGCAAUGAUCAGUCCGAAAGUGGUGCCUCUACACCGCAGCGAUCGCAGCAAAUAAUACGACGAGCGUUGCCCGACUCGGCAGAGAUUAUGUCCGCCGAAAACCAACGAAAAAUAACCAAAAGUCCUGAACAAGACGGAGAAAGAACCGAACUCACUCCUUCGACUGUGGACGCAGCGCGCGAUAUUUUGUCGGGCGUCAAUUCGCCGGAGGAUGACGAAUUUUUAGGCCUCACAAGACCAUUUGUCCAGAAGAAACCAGGACCAAUCGGGGACGCUAACCGCGCCUUUCGGAAUCUGGUGGACCCGCUGCUCUCAUCCGAUGACCCCGCCGCCCACUACGAGCAGCAGGCAGAGCAUGAAAGUUCCACGUCGCAGCACCAUCACCACCGCUCGCACCAGCACCAUCGAGCGCGAGCGGGUAGCUCGCACCAGAGCGGCUCUUCCUCGCAGCGGGGUGGAGGCGGGGGUGGGGUUUUCGGAACGGUUUGGGACUACACGAAGAAUGGCGCAUUCCGGGUUGCGGUUGCCGUCGGCUCCCUCGCAUUGUUCAUGCUCUGUUGGUAUCAAAUGUAAAAAUGUCUGGGUCUGGAAACUUGUGAUGCUGCGUGGCGUAUCAUGAGGAGGCCACAAUUGCUGGCUCAGCAUGACAAGUUUCUGAGCUUCUAGGUGUUGCCUAUUCUGCGUGACAAACUACGUUUCUGCAUGACAGAAAAGUGGGGCUCUUUGGUAAUGUGCAUGACAGAUUUAAGGGUCAUGCCAGACAAGCAUGACAAACAUGAAUUCUUCCAGACCCAGACAUUUUUACAUUUGAUAGUUGGAUUUUAGGCGGACGCUUUUCUACCGCGUUGUACGCAAGAUUGAAGCGGCUUGGUAUCAUGUAUGUUUGUUUUUGCUUCGUGAGUGUGGGUUUACGUCUUCCACAAGAGAAACUGUUUGUGUUAGUUUUGUGGUGUUUCUUUGAAGUUGAAGCCCAAAGAAACGCUGCCCUUCGACCACGUUGAGGAAAGAUUGGUCAACACUGAACAAUACAGAUGUAGCGCGCACGAAUGCAGAGCGAACGCCGAGUCGUCCUGUUUCACCGACCCGCGACGGGGGGCAGGCGGACGAUCAAUCCGUAGAAGACGAGUACGACGAGAACGAUAGUCUGCAUAGCCCCAAUGCGGCCAACAGCAGCCGUCGCGUGCUGUUUAAGGACGAGGAAGCCAGCAGUAUUUUCAGCGAUUACAGCGCGGAGCGGGGGCGGGGCCAGCCGGAUUUUUCAGCUGCUGGCCAAAAUAAGGCCGACGGGCCGCCUUUAUUUUCGCCAUCCCCGGGAAGGAUGUCGCGGCAAGAAAGGCGAGCUGGAGGAAGGGCGACUUGAUCUGCCGAGCAGGAUACGAAAUGGUCGUGCGUGGUGAAGCAAGAUUCUGAGCCGCAAAAGCGAAAAGUUCCUUACCAAGUAGGUUCAUUCAACACCACUGGUUCUUUGCUAACAAGGUUCCCGUUUCCAUCACCAUCGUUUCUUUCGAAGCAAAUUGCGGUAUAGAAAAAAGUCUAAAGAACAUGAACACUGCUAUAAGCCUUGAAGAGCUAAAGCUAAUUGAGUUCGAGAAAUGACAGAGUGGUUCUUGGGAUGCACCUGAGAGAUUCGAUGUUUACACAAGUGUGUGACGGGCACUGGGGUUUCUUCUUUAUAGAAGUUGAGAGAGGGGUAGGAUAUCACUAUCAGGUGAUCCUGGGUAUUAGACGAGAGCGAAUAUUCCGAGAGAAAUGAUAAAACAAAUUGUC